GUUUAUUUCACGAUUUGGUGAUGGAAAAGUUAGGUUUCUAAAUCUGUGGCCUUCAUCUUUUUUGUAGAAAAUUUAUAGUUUUGGUAAAAAAGCUGCAUUGGUUGAUUAAAUCGGCGGGUUCUGUAUGUCUCCCCCCUCCCCGAAGUUUGAGUGGAUCCUGGGCUUUGAUUUUUGAUUCUCUUUAGCUGUGGGAUUCUUAUUUUGACUAGGAAAGAGAAGGAAAGAUCGGAUCGGAUUGGAAUUGUGAAAUUUGUGGCUUUUUAUUGGGUUGCAUCUGAGAGAUAUGUUGGAGGAUCGGUCGUUUGUGGCGUCGAGGGUGUUCUCAAGCUCUUGCCAGCAGGAAACUCAGUGGGCUUACUUUAACUUCACGUAUCGGCUCGAGGUUGGAAUGGGAAAUGGUAAACGCCCAUCGGAAUCGGAUCAUCAUGCCGAUGACCUCCCUAAAACCUCCAGUUCUUGCUCUAGAAACGUCAGGCCUCGAUCUUCAAGGGAUCAUCCAAACCAUCCCUCCGAUUCAGAUUCAGGGGAUGCUUCUGAUUCGGGUUCUCUAAUCUCUUCCAUUGGCCGGGACAACUCUAUUAAUUGCUUAAUCCGCUGCUCCAGGUCCGAUUACGGUUCUAUUGCCUCCUUGAGUCGAACUUUCCGUUCGCUAAUCCGUAGCGGGGAGCUCUACAAGCUGAGGCGUUUGAACGGUGUGAUUGAGCACUGGGUUUACUUCUCCUGCCAUCUUCUCGAGUGGGAGGCUUUUGAUCCAAUUCAGCGCAGAUGGAUGCAUUUGCCCAGGAUGGAUUCCAACGAAUGUUUCAUGUGCUCUGAUAAGGAAUCCUUGGGAGUGGGUACUGACCUUCUUGUUUUUGGUAAGGAUUUAAAUUCCCAUGUCACUUAUAGAUAUAGUAUAUUGACAAAUUCCUGGUCUCCUGGAGUGAGUAUGAAUGAUCCCAGAUGCUUGUUUGGGUCUGCUAGCCAAGGGGAGAUAGCAAUUUUGGCUGGAGGCUGUGAUUCAAAUGGCAACAUCCUCAACUCUGCCGAGCUCUACAAUUCCGAGACUAAAACCUGGGUCACUCUUCCCAACAUGACCAAACCAAGAAAGCUUUGUUCCGGGGUGUUCAUGGAUAAAAAAUUCUACGUAAUUGGCGGAGUUGGGGGAAGCGAGUCCAAGGUUCUCACAUGUGGUGAAGAGUACGAUUUGGAGACUAGAAAGUGGACUGAAAUCCCCAACAUGUCCCCUGGCCGUAAUGCUGCAGCCAGGGAUGGUGAUAUGCCAGCCGCAGCCGAAGCACCGCCCCUUCUUGCUGUCGUAAAUAACGAGCUCUAUGCUGCAGAUCACACUGACAUGGAGGUGAGGAAAUAUGACAAGAGGAGAAGAGAAUGGUCUACAGUUGGGAGAUUGCCUGAACGAGCAGUUUCAACUAAUGGUUGGGGGCUUGCGUUUAGAGCUUGUGGAGAUAGGCUAAUUGUUAUUGGCGGACCGAGGGCCAUGGGGGAAGGCUAUAUAGAGCUCAAUUCUUGGGUUCCAAGUGAGGGCCCUCCACGGUGGGAUUUGCUAGCCAGGAAGCCAUCUGCUAAUUUUGUGUAUAACUGUGCUGUGAUGGGAUGCUAAAACCAUGGUGGAACUGGAAGGCAGCACCUGUUUUCUGUUCUCUGACGAUGGUGUCUUCUCUCACUUCAACUUCCAGAUGGAUUGCUCAGGAUGGGUUUGUUUUCUUUCUUCUACACAAUGAUUCUAGCUGAUGAGUUAUUUCCCAUACUCUCUUCAGAUAUUUUCAACCAUUGCGCAGGGAGGCGUGGGGAGGAAUUCAUUUUACUCAAGAUUUUAUAGAAAAUUUUCCAUGGAAGGAGAUCUCUUAAAAAAUAUCAUUUAUUCUCUCUCAAGACUCAUUUUUAUUGCUUCUUCCAUUGAAAUAUGCAUCCCCUCACCGCCCAUUACUGGCUCGAGAUAUUUCAAAGAUUGAUUUCUUCUUAGGACAGUUUAUAGUUCCCAAUAAUUUCAGUACAAUAGAGAAUUCAUAGCUCGCCGAGUACUGUUUUCUGAAAGCUUUUAUGAGAAAACAGAACUACUUUUAUGCACUGCAUGAACGUUACCAUUCAGAUAUCUGUCUUCAAGAAAUGAAAUAAGUUAUAGGUGGUGGCUAUUUUGCUCGUUGUGUUUA